AUGAUAUCUAGACUUACCAUUGGCAGAGCAGGGCUUGCAUCAAGAAGCGUGUUACUGACGCGUUCAGUUUGCAGAUCUAGCUUGUUAUUACAAGAGAUACGACAACAACAACAACAAGAAAAAUCUGCUUUUUCGACAACUCCAUUGUCAUCAUCCUCAAGUAUCCCACAUCUGAAGCCAGUAACAUAUAAACCUCCUGUUACUAUAGACAGAGAACUCCCGGACCCUUUUGUCAAACGUGAUCAAAACAGAAGAUACUUUGUCUUUUAUUCAGUUGCAGUGGUUGUCACAUGUGCCAUCAUAUUCAAUUAUGAAAAAUCAUCCUCCCCCAUAGUCAACUCAACAUUGUAUUUCUUGAGAAGAUCAAGUAUUGCUCAAGAUGCCAUUGGUAAAAACAUUGAAUUUGCUAGUAAUUGGCCAUGGAUUUGGGGUAAACUAAACACAGUACAAGGUGUAAUUGAUGUUAAAUUUAAAGUUAAAGGAGAUGAACGCAAAGCGUGGGUUGUGUUAAAUGCAUCCAGAGAAUCCAAAAUGCAUCCGUUUGAAGUACACAAGUUUGCUUUGGAAGUUGAUACGAAGGAUUCUAAAGUUGAGUACAAUUUGAUGGAUGAUCCAGAAUUUGAGUUUGAUUUGUGA